AUGGGCUCCGUUUCCAACCAGCAGUUUGAAGGGGGCUGCGCCAAAGGGGGCGAGGAAGAGCCCGCGGGGGACUCGCCCCGGCCGGAGGAGGCCGGCCAGCCGCUGCUGCGCGGCGCCGGGAUCUGCAAGUGGUUCAACGUGCGGAUGGGCUUCGGCUUCCUCUCCAUGACCACCAAGGAGGGCAUCGCGCUCGACCCCCCCGUCGACGUCUUCGUGCACCAGAGCAAGCUGCACAUGGAAGGUUUUCGUAGCCUGAAGGAAGGAGAAGCCGUUGAGUUCACCUUCAAGAAAUCCUCCAAGGGUUUGGAGUCCAUCCGAGUGACCGGUCCAGGAGGAGUGUUCUGUAUUGGCAGUGAGAGGAGACCGAAGGGCAAGAACCUCCAGAAACGCCGGUCAAAAGGAGAUAGAUGUUACAACUGUGGUGGCCUGGAUCAUCAUGCCAAAGAAUGCAAGCUCCCACCUCAGCCAAAGAAAUGCCACUUCUGCCAAAGCAUUACCCACAUGGUUGCCAACUGCCCUAUCAAAACACAGCAAUCACCCAGUUCUCAGGGAAAGCCCGCCUACUUCCGGGAGGAUGAGGAAAUGCACAACUCACCCCUUCUUCCCGAAACCAGGGAAUGA